CCAAAAACGGUCACUUAAUCGUCAGUACGCUUCAGAGCAGCGCGCAUCAAAUUUUUUUUGACACUGAGAGGAUAGCUUGUUCUUCCUCCUGCCCCCAGUCUACGUGUGUGUGUGUAGUGUGCCCCAGUAUUUGUGCGUAAGCGUGUGUGUGUGUAUUGGCAAAGAAAAUUAGCACAACAAAAGCGAAAAGGAAACGAACACGCACGCACCUCGUCACGCGGAUAAAACUCUUCGAUCCCCGAUCAGAUCAGAUCAGCAAAAGCAAUGUCGUCCGAAGUGGAAGCGCAGCAAAGUCAGGAGACGAACGGUACCAGUAAAUUCGAUGUGCCCGAGAUAGAACUGAUCAUAAAGGCCUCCACCAUCGAUGGCCGACGGAAGGGCGCCUGCUUGUUCUGCCAGGAGUACUUUAUGGACCUCUACCUGCUGGCCGAACUGAAGACGAUCAGCCUGAAGGUGACGACGGUGGACAUGCAGAAGCCGCCGCCCGACUUCCGCACCAACUUCGAGGCCACACACCCGCCCAUCCUCAUCGACAACGGGCUGGCCAUCCUCGAGAACGAGAAGAUCGAGCGGCACAUCAUGAAGAACAUCCCCGGUGGCUACAAUCUGUUCGUCCAGGACAAGGAGGUGGCCACGCUGAUCGAGACCCUCUACGGCAAGCUCAAGCUGAUGCUGGUGAAGAAGGACGAGGCCAAGAACAACGCCCUGCUCUCGCAUCUGCGCAAGAUCAACGAUCACCUGGCCACGCGCAACACGCGCUUCCUCACCGGCGACACCAUGUGCUGCUUCGACUGCGAGCUGAUGGUGCGCCUCCAGCACAUCCGUGUGGCGGGCAAGUACUUCGUCGACUUUGAGAUCCCGACGCAUUUGACGGCGCUGUGGCGCUACAUGUACCACAUGUACCAGCUGGAUGCCUUCACACAAUCGUGCCCGGCUGAUCAGGACAUCAUCAAUCACUAUAAGCUGCAACAGAGUCUCAAAAUGAAGAAGCACGAGGAGCUGGAGACGCCCACGUUUACCACAUCCAUUCCAAUUGAUAUUUCGGAGUAGGUUUCCUAUGGAGCAGAGCCAUGCAGCCACACAUCAACUUAUAGUAUACAGCAACCACAAUAUUUUGGACAACUUUACAACAGCAGCAACUCUGAGGACUAUACAUAGAUGUAUACUUAACGGAUAAACUACCCAUGCAUAUAUUAUAUAUAUAUAUAUAUAUACCUACUAUAUAUAACGAGUACAUAACAAGCA